GCUCGCGGCAGCGUCGGCAUUCGGGAACCGUUGGAUAGCGAACGAUUCAACUUGUGGAAAUAUUUUUCUUGUGCAUUUACGUUAUCACUAAAAUAAUUUGGUUCAGUUUUUUCAAGUUUUCCUACUUUAAAAAUAGACAAGCUAUUGAAUAAAGUAAUAACAAUAUUAUUGUCACUUGUCGUGAUUAAAACUGUAUAAUUAAAAAAAAAUACAUUUCUUUGAAAACUUUAUGAUGUGUACAACGUUAUCGAUAUCUACGUUAUGAUAAAAGAACUUUGACGGAGCAUUGCUUUUGCUGGACAAGGAUUACCAAAGAAAAUGUGUGCCAAAAUGUUAUUAUAUAAUUUUUCCUUGUUAUACGCGAUUGUAACCUGGAUUGGAGUGAUUGCUGAAGAGGAAGUGUCAUCACCUUUGAGAGUAGCCCAAUGUAGAGCAACUUGCUUACGAAAGUUUGCAACACCUCGACCUAGUGGGGAGUCAUCGUGUUUGCAAGGCCCUGACUGUUUUAUGUGUUGGGAAAACUGCGAGCUUCUACAAUCUAACUAUCAAGUCUGGGGCGCUGUUUGUGAUGAGAAAGAUAUUUGUUUUCCGGGAUGCAAAGUUGCUUGUGAAUUCCACACGGAAGCUGCCAGAUCUUCCCAAACCCAACCUGUGAUUCAUACAAAAGGCGAAGGCGUCAUGAGACUCAGCGGGGGCUUGGCCCGAUGGCCACCACCGGCACCGCGCGCUGUCUCUCAGCCGACUCCUUUAGUUUAUGUAGUAAUGCGACGAGCAGCAGAAGGGCCUUGGCGUCAAAUUAUACAAACCCAAGCUUUAGCUACAAGGGUACCAUCAAACAAUGAAGGUGCUCUUCUGCGCGUACUCGUUGUUGAUCCUCAAGGUCUUGUCACAAUAUACAGCCCGGAUGAAACAUGGCUAGCUCAUGAUACCAACACAUCAAAUCACGAUGAACAUAAAUGGACGCUGAAAGAAAUAUCUCUUAUACAUCAAAAGGUACUUGUAAUUGGAGAAAUUGCGUGGGAACCUAGAAUCGCACGUGGAGUAUACCUUGUAACUUGGGAGGUUGAUGGUGGAGGUUUGAAAGGAAAUCUAUUUACUGAUUCCACACGCGUUACUUUAUCCUUAUGGCCAGAUACAAUUUACCAUAUUCAAGUUGAACUUGUGUCUAGAACACUGGGAGUAGAUAAUGAGAAGUCCGAAACUAUGACAAUUGAUACAAGUCGUGCACAGCGUGUUUCUACGGAAAGCGUUCAGGAUGUUGAAGUAAGUGAAGGCGAUCGUCUUAUGUCAGUACUAGUUAGUUCAAUGAGAGGCGAACGCGUGCCGGAACGUGCCCCCGAUUCUGAAUUAGUAUUAGGAUGUUUGUCAGCUAUGAUAGCUUUUGGAUUAGCGGUGCUUGUUGCGAUCGUUUGGAGGCGAAGACGACGGGGUACUUUUCCUGGAACUAAUGUUUAUGUUGGUUCUUCUUCUGUUCUUAAACGAAAGUUAGUUGAAGAUUUUGUUCCAGCGCAACAUUGCUUUCAGCCUGUCCUUGCUCCUACAACUCCAUGCAAUGGGACAGCACCAAGGGAUGUAGUUGUGUGACGUCAUAGCUUUGACAUGCUGUCAUUUGAAGACCGCGUUUUCAGUUCCUAAAGUUGUUGGACGACAUUUUCUCGAAUACUGAUGAAUGUUUCAUACGCAGAAAGUGUAGUUGAAACGGGAUUUUAGAAUGUGAUAAAAUUAAAUAAGACGAGCCAGUGAUUAAAGUUUAUCGAAGAACAAAUUUAUUUAUAAUUUUUCUUCUGUGUAAUCGGGUGACAAACUUUUAAAAUCUUUGUAUAUGCUAUAAUGAAAUACCUAAAAUAUGAUUUUGAUUUGUAGUUUUAGGGGAAUUGUAAAUUAAACUGAUGUACUUAUAAGAGUAUUUAUGAAUCACGGUAAGAUUAACACCAGAAAACUUAGCAUUGUAAAUAUUACGAAAACAAGGUAACCAUAACUUCUUAAAAAUUAAUCAAUUCAUAUAUUUUGUAAAUAUGAAAUGUUUUAAGUAAUAAAAAUAAAAGCUUAUGAUAAGGUCUUUUAAACAAUUACAUGAUGUAUCUUCCAAUAAAAUAUACGUAUGCAGUUGAUUUAAAUUCAAGUGAAAAAUAUUGAAGAAAAUGUUGCAGAUGGUCUUUGACAAUUUAGUUUUGAAGGAAACAUCAUAAUCACCUUAUUAAAUAAUAAAAUAUGUUUACAGCUAGUCCUUAUCAUUUAGUAUAUAUAGUCCUUAGCCAUUAUAUUUUAAUGUUAUUGAGAAUCUUACUUAUUCUAGGAACUUCGACUUCUUCAGCAAUAAAAUUACGUGUAUGUAUUUGUAAAUAUAUGAAGCAUUUAUUGUAAAAACUGACAGAGAAAUUAUAUUUUUCUUGAACUUAAACAGAUAUUUCUAAAUGUUACGGUGUUAAUAAAUUAUUAUCGGCAUUUUUAUUCAAAUUAUACGUGGACUUGGUUUAAAAUUAGAUAUUAGUCAUUCAUUCAUAAUGUUAUCUCGUAUUGUUAAAACAUGUUGUAGUCAAGUUUGUUUGAAGUUGAUGUUAGCUUUAAACAUUGUACUUAAAACUUUAGUUUGUUGUAGACAAAACGUAAAAACGCCAAAAUUAUUUUGUGCUCUUAACAAAUGUAUUUUGGUUUUUGAUGACCAAAUUUAAUUAGAAUAAAUUAGGUGCUUAGUUAAAUUUAUUUAUUUUUGUGAUUAAUUUCCAUACCUUCCCUUGAAUAUGUACAUAUAUUACUUGCUAUAUUGAUGCAGCUAAACUUUAACGAGUAUUGAAUAAAUAUGUCUGCCAAAUGA